AUUGUUAAACCAUCAGACACAAGUUGGCUGUUCUUCCUUGUUCUGAGUGAUGGCUCGUGGGACUUUGAGUUUUUUCUUCAUCCUCUCCUUCUUUGGAGGUCAUUUGGUGCCGGCAGCUGGCUACGCUAAUGGUAAGGUCACUAAAGCCUGCAGUACUAUGGAACCUCAUCAUGGUGUCCCAGCUCAGACGACUACCAGCCCCUACCAGCUGAAAACCAACGUCACCAGCUUCAGUCCAGGAGACAGGAUCCAGGUCAUCCUCACAGGUUCAAAGUCCUUCGAAGGCUUCCUGUUACAGGCCCGGGAUCCAACCAAUCAGGCCUCCGUAUCAACGAUCGGCACCUUCAUGUUAACUAAUCCUAUCAGAACGCAGCUGCUCACCUGCUCUAUGCACCAGGAUUCAGCUGUGAGCCACACAAGUGACCACAAACAGAGCGAGGUGGUGGUGAUCUGGAACGCUCCUCAUGACGCUCCAGACACAGUUCAGUUUUUGAGUAGAAAGUUUAAAAAAGCUUUUCCUCCACAGUUGAUGACAUUCGAGCUGAGUGGCCCAGCAGAGGGAUACAUUGCUUUUGCUCUAUCCUUGGACAAAUGGAUGGGCAACGAUGACGUCUACAUGUGUGUGACUGAUGGGGACAGUGUGUCUGUCAGUGCUGCCUUUGUUAGUGGGCGAACAUAUCCUGAAGGACAAACACAGAAAUCACGUGCUCUCAUGCUGUUUGCCUGGAUGCUAACAGGAAGUGUUGGUACUUUUAUCGCCAGUUUCUACAAACACCAGUGGGCGAAUCAGACCCUGUUAGGUCAGAAAGUCUGGUUUCAGGUUCAUCGAGGGCUGAUGAUGCUAACAGUCAUUCUCACAGCUAUAGCCUUUUCCUUCCCAUUUUUCUACAGGAGAGGAUGGAGCAAGGUAAGGUACCCAGCCACACAAACUCAUUCUCCUCUUGCUCCAUGUAGUGAGUACCACAUUUUGACUCUGACUUCAGCUGAUUUGAG